CAUGCCAUUUUUGAUUCAUCUGACCCUCCGCCAGUUUUCCUCCCACAGCGAGAAAGAGGAAGAAGAAGAAGAUGAUGAUGGCAGGCUUGGCGGCGCCGUUCUUCCUACUGUGCGCCUUCUGCCACGUGGCUACCGCCAUCACCGAUGGGCUCCUUCCGAACGGCAAUUUCGAGCAGGGCCCCAACUCCACGGAACUAAACGGCACCGUAAUCCGCAGCCGCCGCGCCAUCCCCCAAUGGGAAGUCUCCGGCUUCGUGGAAUACAUCCCCUCCGGCCACAAACAAGGCGACAUGCUCCUCGUCGUCCCCGAAGGCUCUUACGCCGUCCGCCUCGGCAACGACGCCUUCAUCCGCCAAUCCCUCCUCCUAACCCCCUCCCUCCGCUACUCCCUCACCUUCUGCGCCGCCCGCACCUGCGCUCAGUCUGAACACCUCAACAUCUCCCUCACCCCUUACUCCGGCCUCGUCCCCAUCCAAACCACCUACAGCAGCAGCGGCUGGGAUUCCUACGCAUGGGCCUUUCUCGCCCAACAAUCCCCCGUCGAUCUCGUCAUCCACAACCCCGGCCUCGAGGAUGAUCCCGCUUGCGGUCCCCUCAUCGACGCCGUCGCCAUUCGCGAGCUCUAUCCCCCCCGACCCACCAACAAAAAUCUUCUGAAAAAUCCCGGUUUUGAAGAAGGUCCCUUUUUCCUCCCCAAUUCCAGCUACGGAAUCAUAAUACCGCCCAACAUCGAGGACGACCACUCCCCUCUCCCCGCGUGGAAAAUCGUGUCGCUUAAGGCGGUGAAGUAUAUCGAUGCCGCGCAUUUCGCGGUGGCGGAGGGGCGGAGGGCGGUGGAGCUGGUGGCGGGGCGGGAGAGCGCGAUUGCGCAGACGGUGAGGACGGUGGUUGGGCGAAAGUAUGCGCUUACGUUUGCGGUCGGCGACGCGGGGGAUGGGUGUGUUGGGAGCAUGGCUGUUGAGGCGUUUGCGGCGAGGGAGACAGUGAAGAUACCGUACGAGUCGAAAGGGAAUGGCGGGCACAAGCGGGCGGUGUUAAAGUUUAGUGCUGUGGGUGAGAGGACUAAUGUCGUGUUUCAGAGCUCAUUCUAUCACAUGAGAAGCGACGGCGCGCUGUGUGGGCCGGUGGUUGAUGAUGUGCUCCUUGUUAGCGUGCGGUCGGUGCCGGCGAGUGCGAGUGCUCGCCGCUGGCUUUGGUAAAAAUAUUACAUGUGGAGAAGUUAGAUGUGAAUUAGUGGUAUCGAGAUAAUAUCAUCAAUUCACACAUGCGAAUGCUGCACGUAAUAUUCAUUUCUGACUUUGAGGACGAGACUUCGAGUAAUGGUUUAGCUAUAAAACCAUUGAUAAAAAAAUUAAGGACAUAUAAA